CUCAACAUCCCCCGGUUGCAGGAUGGAGCAGACAGCUGGAUGGUUCUGAUCAUACUCCUCGUGCGCGGUCGUUCCUGCAGUUUGGUCUUUAAACUCUGAACAGCGAGAACAGGAACCCUUUCCCCGACAUGUCUAUCCGGAGGUUCUGGAGCAGCCCGAAAACCCUGGGAGACGUCAACGUGGUGACGGAGGAGCUGAAGAACCUUUAUUACAAGAGGCUGCUGUCGAUCGAGAAGCACUACUCCUUUCAUCACUUCCAUUCCCCGAGCUAUGAGGACGCCGACUUUGACAACAAGCCAAUGGUGCUGGUGAUGGGUCAGUACUCGACUGGUAAGACGACUUUUAUCAGGUAUCUCCUGGAGGAAGAGUUCCCCGGCAGCAGGGUCGGGCCGGAGCCAACCACUGACUGCUUCACCGCGCUCAUGUACGGAGAGGAGGAGCGGGUCAUCCCUGGGAACGCCAUCACGGUGGAUCCGAAGAAACCCUUUCGUAACCUUGACCCGUUUGGAAACUCUUUUCUGAACAGAUUUCAGUGUGUCCAGAUGCCAAAUCCCGUCCUUGAGAGCAUCAGCAUCAUCGACACGCCCGGCAUCUUAACUGCUGCUAAGCGUAAACUUAGCCGAGGCUACGACUUCCCAGCAGUGCUGCGCUGGUUUGCAGAGCGCGUGGAUCGGAUCAUCCUGCUGUUCGAUGCCCACAAACUGGAGUUCUCCGACGAGCUCACCAGGGCCUUCGGGGCUCUGUACGGCUAUGAGGACAAGCUGCGUGUGGUUCUCAACAAGGCGGACAGGGUGGACUCCCAGCAGCUCAUGAGAGUCUACGGCGCCCUCAUGUGGUCGCUGGGGAAAGUGUUCCGAACCCCUGAAAUCCUGCGGGUCUACAUCGGAUCUUUCUGGUCGGAGCCGAGGCUGAGGUGCGACCACUACGAGCUGAUAGAGCUGGAGGAAGAGGACCUGCUGACGGAUAUAAGGAACCUGCCGCGCAACGCCGCAGUGAGGAAGCUGAACGACCUGGUGAAGAGGGCACGUUUAGUCAGGGCUCAUGCACACAUUAUCGGCUAUCUGAAGCAGGAGAUGCCAACGAUCUUUUGCAAAGAUAGCAAGAAGCACAGCCUGAUCUAUGAGCUUCCUGUUAUUUUCACCAAGAUUCAGCAACAGCAUCGAGUCCCGGCCGGUGACUUCCCUGACUGCACCAAGAUGCAGGUCAAACAAGAGAAACUUUUGGGUCAGGAUUUCUCCAAGUUCAAGACUCUGAAGCCAAGCCUGAUGAGCUCCUUGGACAAGCUGCUAACCACCGACAUAGCCGGCCUGGUUCCUUUGCUCCAGCAGCAAGAGCUGAAGAAGAAAUCGCUGCCUGCCGUGUUGGACGGCGAAUUUCUGGGAACGUUCCGACGCGACCAGUUCAGGGAAGAUCCCUUUAAGGAGAUGUUCAAAGACGACGAGAUCAGCGAAACAGAUUGCGAUGAAUGGGCCGUGGAGAAGUACAAGCCGAAAUACGACGAGAUCUUCUACAACCUGAGUCCGCAGGAUGGCAAACUCAGCGGCACCAAAGUCAAAGAGUGGAUGACCACUACUCAUUUGCCCCAUUCUGUGCUUGCUCACAUCUGGAAGCUGUCGGACGUCGACAGGGAUGGCAUGAUGGACAGUGAGGAGUUCGCCCUGGCGGUCCAUCUCAUUGAGGGAAAGCUGGGUGGACACUGGCUGCCCAGAGAGCUGCCUUCCCACCUAGUGCCGCCCUCUAAACGGUGCAGUACAUCCAGUGACACCACGGUCUAAUCUCCCCAUCGAAAUGCAUUGUCAGACCUCACAUGUCAGAUUUGUUGCAAAAGCUUUUAAACAACCCUGAUCAAACUGAUUUGGGGCCCAAAAGAAUCUUGUUUGCAAUGUAUCAUAUUUUCAUGAUUUCAUCACUGUCCAGCGUAGCGGUUACCAGCCAUGAAACGGCUGAACUCCCAAAGUGUGAUGCAUUUAUGAAUAACAUUUGCAUUGUAAUUAUUUUAAGCUUAAAAAUAUCAUAAUAAAGUUUCAACGUUUCACCAACCUAGAUGGCAGAAACGGCCGUAUAGUCCCGGAGAGCAGAGGCAGGCCCCAUACAGUCGGUGGCAGGGUCCGUUGUUGGGGCAUCUGCACUUUUGUCUGCAGUGUCUUCCAAAAUAACCCGCUGGGCAACCUAUGAGGAAAAAUAGUGCCAGAGAAGGGGUCGCAUUGACAGAUGACUGCUAAAUGAACUUCAUGUUGCAUAACAGUUUCACAGAAAGCGUCAAAACCUGUACAAAGUUAUUAAAAAUCUUGUGUUGGAUGCAAAAUGUGGUACUUUUACAUUUUUGUGAUUGAAACUUCAAUUUCAUAAUAAUUUAUUUGUCCAAAAAAAUGCAAGAAAUUGAAUUUACCCUUGCUUCCCAAUAAUCAUUGGGG